GACUGUGGUUCGGUGGAUUGAUGAUGGCGUCGAUCCACCAUCUCAGCCCCAGUCCACUAGCACCAUGUCCGAACGCCUCGUCAUCUACGACAACAAGGGGAGCCCAUAUUGUCAACGCGUUAUGAUGGCGUUAUAUGAAACCAAGGCGAAGUACGAAUACCACGAGAUCGACCUCGCAAGCAUCCCGGCAUGGUAUAAGGAAAAAGUCAAUACGAUUGGAAAGGUUCCAGGUGCAACAUACGGUGGCCCCCCAGCGCCCACCGAUGACCCCUCCCCAGAAUCCACCAAGCUCGCCGAAUCGCUCGCACUGAUCGACUUCAUCGGCGAGCUCUACCCUAACUCGGGUCUUGUUCCGAAGGACAUCGUCGAGCGCGUCAAAGCACGCCGCUUUAUCAACAGCGUCGGCACGCUCUUCGCGCCCUCCAUAUUCGUGUGGUAUGCCCGCGGCGCGCCCUGGCGCGAGAUCGUCAACACCGCUCUCGCUGUUCAGACGCUUCUCCCUGAGAAGGGCGACUGGGCCAUUGGCGAGCAGUUCACUAACGCGGACAUUGCGAUUGCGCCGUUCGCGACGCGUCUGAGGGUGCUGUAUAAUACGGGGAUCGGCAACUUCCCGCCGCAAGAAGCGGCGCAGCUCAAGGCGGUCAUGGAGGCGCCGCACCUUGCACGCUUCAAUGCGUAUGUUGACAGGAUUGAGCAGCGGGAGAGCUUCAAGGCUACAUAUGAUGCGGAAUACAACCUUGCCAUCUUCAAGUCGCGUGCGGCCCAUAUCAAGCGGAGAACCUAAUAUCCGUCCGGAGUCGUUCUCGAUAUUUCUAUCAGAACCUAGGAUGAGUCUGUAGUGACCUUCUAAUGUAUAAAUAUUACUGUGACGCCGGAAGUUGACAAUGUGCGAUGGUACUGGG